UGCUCAUUUUACUUAUACUAAAAAUGGCUAGCACGAUUGUUAAUACAUAAUAUCAAUACAACAAAUAUAAUAACUAUGAAUAAUAGUUGUUUGCGAUUGUGAUGUGACCAAUUAUAAUAUACGCAUGCAACCUUUUCAGUGAUGCUGAAAUUUGUGGCUUGUUGUUGAGGCGUACAGGAAAAUUGUGUGUUUGUGUGUACUUGUGUGUAUUUGUCAAGCUGAAGCUGAAUAUGAAAGAGAACAAAAAUGAAAAUGCAAAAACAAUAAAAUAAGUUCAUCCUUGGUGCACGUGCUGGAAAUAUAUAAUGCUGCAAUAAAUGCAGUUGUAUAAAAAAUAUAUAUUUCAACGGAGUAUAUAAAGGAAUACAUAAAAACCCAGUCGCGGCAUAUGUGUAUAUCUUAACACAGACAGCUGUAUAUGCAGCAGCUUUGGGGAUUCUGUUCUCCUGCAUCAACAUGACUUUCCCGCAAUGCUUUCCCAGUGCUUCAGACGAAGACAUUUGAAGCAAAACCCUUUCCGUUAUAAGGACAAGUGAGAGAGAGGUACAAAUAAAAAAGACAUCCAGUCAAUCCCACAUUUCACAAAUCAUCACAAAAUGCAAUCAAAGCAUUGCAAUAUGCUACAGAGCUGGAGCAGAAGGGGUAGCAACGGAACAACUUCUUCCACAACAAACAGAUUGGCUUCCAUAAACACAAAUAGCAGGGUCGAAACUGCGUCUGUGCCAAUGUUGAGGACUUUGACGUCAAUACGAAAAGACUCUUGCGGCAGUGGAACUCAGGAAUGCAUUCCCCAACACAAUGCUUCACAGUGCUUAUCAGAUAAUCGUAGAAAGUCAUUAUUACAUUACCUAAUUGUGCUCAUCGCCAUUAAUUUUUGUUAUUUACAACCUGCCAGCGCCGAUCAAGUUGUAUUAUUAGAUACAACUCGGGAGGCCACGCUGGAAUGGACACGAUACCCAUACGGUCCCCAAGCUCAAACCCCAGGCUGGGUGGAAGAAUCGUUCACAGAUUUCGUUAAGGGCAUUAAUUGGCGCAGCUAUGUGGUUUGCGAUGUCGCCUAUCAUAACGUAAACAAUUGGUUGUGGUCCCCAUUCAUCGAUCGCGGGCCAGCCAAUAGACUUUAUAUUGAAAUUCAAUUUACUAUACGAGACUGCUCAUUGUUUCCUGGAAAUGCAUUGUCAUGCAAGGAAACAUUUAGUUUGUUGUUCUACGAGUUCGAUGCAGCAACUAGAGAGCCCCCGCCAUGGCAAACAGACAGUUAUAAGUUAAUUGCACGCAUUGCGGCUGGCGAGGGGCGCUUCAAUCAGAACUCUGAUGUUGAUAUAAACACGGAAGUCAAAAGCAUAGCUGUAACGAAGAAAGGCGUGUAUUUCGCCUUCCGUGAUCAGGGCGCUUGCAUUAGUGUCCUGGCGGUAAAAGUAUAUUAUAUAACAUGCCCGGCAGUAACUGAAAACUUUGCUCACUUCAACGAGACACCGACGGGAAGGGAGAUCACAAUUAUUGAGAAACAAAACGGCACUUGUGUUGAAAAUGCGGAACCCUACGAACCACCUACCUAUCUGUGUAAAGGCGAUGGCAAAUGGACAAUCCUCACCGGCGGCUGUCGCUGCAAGGUUGGCUACGAGCCGAAUUAUGUGAACAAAACCUGUACCGAAUGUCCUGCUGGGACCUUCAGGUCAGCUGAGGUUCGGAAAUGUGUGCCAUGCCCGCCGAACUCCAGCACUUCAAGUACAGCGUCGCCAUUAUGCAAGUGCAUACCGGGCUUCUAUAGACAUCCACGGGAUGGAAGACAUAUGCCUUGCUAUAAGCCACCAGGACCUCCAACCAAUCUCACAGUAUUAUUUGUUGAUCAAACAAGUGCAAUAAUAUCAUGGAACGCGCCGGCGAAGGAUGAGUUUGGCAUGGGCCAGACAGAGAAAUAUCGCAGUGAUGUCGUGUACAAGAUUCGCUGUAGCAUGUGCAACUCAAAUGUUAUGUUCAAUCCCUCAACGGACACUUUCAACGAAACAAAACUGACGCUUACCAAUCUGGAACCGGUUACCACAUAUACUGUGCAGGUGCAUGCAACCAAUGGCAUAUCGUAUUUGGUUGAUCCGACGCUUUAUGCAAACGAAACUUUUACGAACAGCGAAGUACAAUUUAGCAAUGUGUCAAGUACAACAACGAAGAAUCAACAACUUGAUCUCAACGAAAUCAAGACUGAACAUGCUGAGAUUAUUUUCACAACCGAAUCAGCCAUACUCUCAACUAUUUUCAAUUUACGCGUUCUGGCUAUAACCAGCAAGGAUGCUGAUCUUGUCUGGGACAAACCGGUGCAGAGCGAUGCGCCGAUAGAACUCUACGAAGUGCGUUGGUUCCCUAAGCCUGAGCUGGAUGCAAUGAAUAAAACCGCUCUAAACACCAAGGAGACAAAAGCUCACAUCGAGGGGCUAAGUGAGAACACAGAGUACGGUUUCCAAGUACGCUGCAAAACCGUCAAUGGCUUUGGCUCAUACAGCAACAUUGUCUAUGCCCAAACCCAUCAGCCAGUCAGUUCUGUUUAUGAUGAUUCUGUUCAAGUGCGUUUCAUUGCUGGAGCGAUUGUGGCAGGUGUUUUCUUCUUGGUGAUUUUCAUAGUGACGACGGUUUACUUCUUGCGUUCCAAGCAUCAAGAUGAGCUCGAUAAGAAGUCCAGCAAUCACUUGCCACUGCCCAUGGACUACGCUAGCAACGAAGGACUCGUCGUGACAUAUAUAAAUGCCAUGGAUACAACUCCAAUUGUCAAGACUCUGCAUUCAAAUGUGACAACCCCAUUGUUUGGCAACAGCCGCAGUUAUGUGGACCCCCACACAUAUGAAGACCCAAAUCAGGCAAUUCGAGAGUUUGCGCGCGAAAUCGAUGCAAAUUAUAUAACUAUAGAAGCAAUAAUUGGUGGUGGUGAAUUCGGCGAUGUCUGCCGUGGCCGCUUAAAAAUCCCUCCAAACUUUGUCCAGGACAUAGAUGUUGCUAUCAAGACACUAAAACCAGGAUCUUCAGAGAAAGCGCGCUGCGACUUUUUAACCGAAGCUUCAAUAAUGGGCCAGUUCGAUCAUCCUAAUGUAAUAUAUUUGCAAGGCGUGGUAACGCGCUCCAAUCCCGUCAUGAUCAUAACCGAAUAUAUGGAAAAUGGCAGCUUGGAUACUUUCUUGCGUGUCAAUGAUGGCAAAUUCCAAACAAUCCAGCUAAUUGUAAUGCUGCGGGGCAUCGCUAGUGGCAUGUCAUAUCUGAGUGACAUGAAUUACGUGCAUCGAGAUUUGGCGGCACGCAAUGUGCUCGUCAAUGCCCAGUUAAUAUGCAAAAUAGCCGACUUUGGACUAUCUCGGGAAAUCGAGAAUGCUAGCGAUGCUUACACAACACGGGGCGGCAAAAUACCUGUACGGUGGACCGCACCAGAAGCGAUUGCAUUCCGCAAAUUCACAUCCGCCUCAGAUGUUUGGUCAUAUGGAGUCGUUUUGUGGGAGGUUAUGUCAUAUGGAGAGCGUCCGUACUGGAACUGGUCGAAUCAGGAUGUGAUAAAAAGCAUAGAGAAGGGGUAUCGAUUACCCGCGCCAAUGGAUUGCCCGGAAGCGUUGUACCAGUUGAUGUUGGAUUGCUGGCAAAAACAACGAACACAUCGUCCAACAUUUGCCAGCAUUGUGUCCACUUUGGACAAUUUAGCCCGGCAACCCCAAUCACUGCUCACAAUCAGAAAUUCGCCUGAGAAUGAUGGCACACAGGUUUUGGAUACACAACGCGGGCACAACAUAUUCAUAAGCACUGACUUAUGGCUUGAAAAUAUUAAAAUGUCCAGAUAUAGUCAGCAUUUUAAAGAGGCUAAUUUAGUGAGUGCUCAACAGAUCUCAAGGUUAACAGCUCAACAGUUAUCCGAUAUGGGUAUAACAUUAGUAGGCCACCAAAAAAAGAUAUUACAUCAGGCGAGGCAGCUGGAUAUCGUAAUAUAGCCCGUAUACUAAUACGAUGUAAAUACACAACACAUAUGCAUAGGAUUAUAUAUAUGAAUAUAUGCACAUAUGUGCUAUAUGUACGUAUGCGAUGUGUUCAUCUAUAUAAGCCACUGCAUAACUAUAUAAUUAAAAUUUAAAUAAUUAAUAGCACACAUAUAUACAAAUAGGACGACAUUAAUGUGCGAAUUACAAAACGAAACGAGAAAGAACAGAUAUUACAAAUUAAGGUACAUUUUGUAGUUUAGUAGCUGUAAGUGCGUGCAUUUAUACAUUCAUGCAUACAUAGACAAACGAAAAAGCAAACAAACAAACUGCCCUGUUUACAUUACGCUAAUACAUACAUACAUUUUAUAUUACGUGUGUACAUAUGUAUGAAAAACAUGUAUGUACUUUAUGAAAGGGCUAUAUUACAAUUACAAUGGAUUAGUAUUGUUUCGAGAGAUGCGAGAGUUGUGUUAAAACAAAAAACAAGUGACGUUGUACACCAGGGAACCAACCGACUUGGGGUUUUUUUAGUCUAAAGCUACCAAUAACUUAAGUCUCUCAUGUUUCCCACUGCCGUUUCCUUGUCCACUGCCGGUUUAUGUCAUAUCACAUGACACAUAACACCUGAGCGAACAAAUAUACGCAUACAAACACACACACACACACACAGAUCCCUGGAAAAAUGUUAUAUGAAGUUUUUAAUAAUGUAUGCAUUUAAGCGUAGCGUCCAUACAGCAUUUACAUUAAAACAUAAAAUGACAAACGAAAAAAAAACACAAAUAACAAACAACGUUUUGCACCUUCACACAUUCUACCGAACAUGCUGUUAAUGAGGCUGAACUCAAAACCCUGUUUAUAUAAGGGGCGAAUACCUCUCGUCUUACCACCAUUGAGAGAGUUUUUAUUGCGAGGAAGCUAAAGUAAUAUACAUAAAUGGACAGUGUUAGUGGACCAGACUACUCGUAUUCGUCCCUAAUGCAAACAGGCUCUUUGAAUUGCAUUUACACAUAUAUACACAUAUACACAUAAACAUACAUACAUUCAUAAUUUAGAUGUACAAAAUAAAUUCUUAUAAUUAGUUUUGGUUUAUCUCAAAAGCCCCCAAAAUGGCUCAUGGACUUUUACAAUAAGUUUAUCGAAUUGAUGGCAGCAUAUACAUAAGUGUCUAGCGCAGGCAGUGAAUUACAUUAAUAAACCAUUUAUUGUAGGUUGAUUGCGUCUUCAGAUUUGGACUUCAGCCAGUAUUAUUUAAUAAUAACAAACGCAUGUAUUUUAUUUUAAUCUGUAGCGUCAGUCGUUUUAUAUCGUUUAAAAUUAAAACUCAUAAUAAAGAUCG